AGGCCAGGAGGGCCUUGGGGGAGAUGCACUGGUAGUGGCCCAGUGCGGAGGGCAAGGAGGCAGCCUGCACGUGGCAUCUGCACCUGCGCCUGCAUGAAAUGGACGCCAGCGCUCUCCAGACAGCACACUUCUGGGAGAGCCGCUGGAGACUGCCUGUUUCCAAGGUGGAAGAAUCUAUCAGAAGAUAUGCAGCUCCUCAGAAACCCUUACUGGACAGUGAUGACUACAAAUUUGAUGAGCGAUAUUCGAGGGGAUCCAGAAAGUCAUCAUGGACCUUAUAGAUGAGUUUAAAGAUGAAUUCCCUACCAUCCUCAGAUUAUCACAGUCUAAUCAGAAAAGAGAACCCAUGCAGAAACCAUCCAAAAUCAGAAUGGCUGUCGCCUUAGCGAGGAUCAACCGAGGAACAUUAAUUCAAGGAUUAAACAGCAUAUCCAGAUCUUCCAAAUCAGUGGCCAAACUUCUGCAGCCUCAGCUUGCUUGUAGACUUCUAGAGUUAAGGGACAUAUCACAUCGUUUGCUGAGGGAAGUUAAUGCACCGAAGCAACCCCUCUAUAACGUGCAGGUCAGAAGGGGUUCUUUGUUUGAAAUCAUUUCUUUUCCAGCAAAGACUGCUUUAACUAGCAUAAUGUAUGCUUCAUAUGCAGCACUAAUUUAUUUGACAGUCUGUGUUAAUGCUGUGCUGGAGAAGGUAAAGAAAAUUUUCCAAGAAGAAGAAUCCAUAAGGCAAAACAGAGAAGAGAGUGAAAAUCUUAGAAAAGCCUUUUCUGAGCCUGUGCUUUCUGAGCCUACAUUUCCUGAAAGUGAAAUCAAAGCAAAACCUUACAGGUCAUUACCGGAGAAACCAGACAAUAUUUCAGAUCGCCCCAAACUUCCUGCUAAUAAGUUGAAUAAUAAGAUCCAGGUUUUACAUUCUGUGUUUGACCAAUCAGCUGAAAUGAAUGAAUGAGCAAAUCAGAACAUAAAUAUCACUGAGUGGAGCUUGAGAGUUAUUAUCUAAUCACAUUUCAUCUGACAAAACCAGGAAACUAGUUUUCAUAUAUUGACUGCUCUGCUUUAAAAAAGGGGUGGGGAACUACUAAAAUGUCAUUCUCAAGUAUAUAUAUGGUAGAGAAAAUAAAAUGAAUCUUGAUGUAGAA